AUGUCCGCACCGCCAGCUCCCGGCCCCGUGGGGACGCCCCGCUCCGUACCCUCAGCCCCGCUCGGGGCGGGCCCUGCGGGGACCCCCCGCUCCGUCCCCUCAGCACCGCCCGCUCUGUCCCCUCGGCCCUCUCGGGGCGGGGCGCUGGGGCCGGUACCUCGCCCGAGCCGCGCCCGCCGUUGCCGUGGCGACGGGCUAAGCCGGGCCUGCGAGCGGCGGGCGCCGAGGGGCCGGGCCGGAGCCGACCCGCGGCUCGGCGCUGCCGGGGCGGGCAUGCACAACAAAGGCGGCGGGCGACGCGUCCCGGGCGGGCUCCGCAGCUGCAAUGCCGAGACUGCUGCCAAAUCCCCCUCCAAGGGGCAGUGUGAUCUGAGGGAAGCUGAUCUCCCACCUCUGGAGGACAGCCAGCAGCCCACAGCGAUGUCCAUGGCAACAGAGACCUGGGAAGACAAGCCAAGCAAUGAGACAUCCAGCGACAUUCCACCUGCAGGGAAUACCCCCAGUCCUGCCUGUCGCCGAUCCAACUCCGACAUUGUCCAUGAGAGCACGGACGGUGCCAAGGCCCAGCGGGAGUGCCGGCUGCGGCCGCACUUCAGUGACCCGAUGCCGACAGACUCGGUGAAGAGGAAGCAGCUGGAGCUGAAGAUCGCGGCUGCAGCGCGGCAGCACGCGCAGAAGCGCCGGCAGGAGCGGGACUGUGGUCCAGUGGUAGCAAAAGCCAACCUUGGCUAUGGUGGCAGCUUUGACGAGACCCGACGCACCCCACGGGGCUCCCUCCGCUCCAGACGUCACUGGAGCAACGUCAGCAGCCUGAGCACGGACAGCGGGAUUGUUGGUGUGAAUGAUGCCCGGGAUGACCUGGAUCCCACUGCGGCCACCCGGACCAAGUCAGCGGAUGUGGAGAGGGCAGAUAGUGGCAUUGGCCAGAUGCCAGCCAGGAAGUGGAGGAACAGGGCAUCUGAAACGCUGAGCUCCCUGCAGGCCUGGGAAGCCCACCGUCCCUGCACCGAUUGUGGAGAAAGGGACCUCCCGGUGGAGACAGAUGUCCAGAACUGCAACCAGAGGCGGGCUGAUCUCUGCGAGAAGUGCCGCAAGCGCAGGACGGAGCGCAAGGAGUCUGUGCUGGAGUUUGUCAACACGGAGGCCAGCUAUGGAGAGGACCUGCGCAUCAUCAAAGAGGAGUUCUACCUCCCCAUGCAGGCAGCUGGCCUGCUGAGCCAGGAGCAGCUCCAGGGCAUCUUCAGCAACGUCCAGGAGCUCAUUGACCUCAAUGAGAGUUUCCUGGAGAUACUUCAAGAAGAGAUUGAUCAGGCCUUUGAUCAGGGGGACGAUGACCUGAUGACCGUGUGCAUUGGAGAAAUAUUCCUGGAAUUUGUGAACAUGCUGCCAGCCUUUCAGACAUAUUGUCUUCAGCAGUCCUCCUCUGUGAAUAUGCUCAAUGCUCUGGAGAAGGAGAAGGAGUUGCUCAGAAUAUUCCUGAAUGUCUCCCAGAAUGACAACACAGCACUGAGGCGGAUGAACUUGAGGUCCUUCCUGAUGGCCCCUUUGCAAAGGGUCACCAAGUACCCGCUGCUGCUCAGCAGAAUCAUCAAGGCCACCACCGAGUACCACCCGGACCACAGCAGCCUGCGGGAGGCCAAGAGCCGCAUCGAGUCCCACCUGGAGCACAUCAACAUGAAAACCAAGCAGGAGGGGAACACGUGGACCCUCCGAUCCUUCCGCCAGGACAGCAAGAAGAAGAGGGAAGUCAUCAACAUUGAGAUGAGAGAAACCGCCCUCAAAACCGUCGGUUGGCUGCGGGAGGAAACGCGGUUUGUGAUGGAGGGGUCUCUGCAGCUGGCCCAGCCCCCCGACGGCCAGUGGGUGAAGAAAGGCAGCAAGACCCUGAAGUUCCAGAACAUGCAGGUCCUCCUCCUUGUGAACAUGAAGCGUGUGUCCGAGUCCAGUCUGGAAUCAGCUGAGCCAGGGCCUGUGAAGGACGCAGUGCUGGUACUCAUCAGGGACAAAAAUAACGGGAAGUUCCAUUUGCUCAGGGAGCCCUUGAGGCUGAGUAAUUGCAUUGUCUCCACUGAUCCCGACUGCGACGACACCUUCGAACUCAUUGAGAUCAGGCGGGAGGCGUUUGUGUUCCGGGACAGCGACCGGGCACGGACUCACCACUGGUUCAGGCAGAUCAGGCGCUACUCCAGGGAGCUGGGCUCCUGGAAGAAGCGGCGGAACGCGCUGCCCAACAUCAUGAUCAGCACUCCUCACACCAGGCCCUGAGUCCUGCACCGGCAGGUUUGGCUUGACCAGUGCCACAUGCAAAGACCGUCGAGAGCCCCAGUGGUCUGAACUUGCUCCAUGGACAACACAGGGAGGAGCCUGGUCCCCAAAGACUCUGACUAGCACUGGAAGCAAAUGCUACAGCCUGGUGCUGAACUCCAACCCCUGGACUCACAAUAGUUUGUGGCUCAUGUACAUACAGAGAUGGGCUCCGCUCGAGAUCACCGAAGGAUAAUAAUUUGACUUGGUAAUGUUGCACUGCAGGAGAAUGAUAUAUGAUGCUUGCCAUUGCAUGGAUCGUGUUGAAAGCCAGUCUUGACAAUGAGAGAGGUUUCCACUAUUGACUAUAUUUCAUCAGCAUUAGGUAAAGUCCGGGUAUUCAGCAAAAUUAGGUGCAGUAUUAUGCAACAGAGAAUGAAAGCUGGAAAAAAUUGUUUUCCACCACUACUCCUAAGGACUGUGUUUCAUUAUUCACCUCUGUAUAUUCAGUCAAAACACUUGUUUAAAAAGAAAGGCCUUUCAUCUUUAAUCCAAAUCAAGUAGGUAUCAAUUUGCUCAGAUUCAGCUGCAUGCACACAGCAAAAAAAAAAAAAAAAAAAAAAAGGAAAGAGAAAAAAAGAACAAACACAUAAACCCCAUAUAUGUGUAGAACCUGUGGAAGAGCAGCACACUCCCAGUGAGAGUCUGUUAUUUAACUGACUUAAGGACUGGAACAUAAUGCUGCAUGUGAAAUAUCUCAGAAGUAUAUGUAAAUACAGCUCUGCUACCAUUGAUAGUGAAUUUAAGAGUUUGCAAUUAUUUAAAUUAUGUAAUCUAGUGUAUUUCAAAAUUUAAUUGAAAGGAACAAUUUACAUUGUAAUGUAGAGUAACAUAAAAUGUUUUAAUAAUUAUGUUUCAGUUA